CGUGUCUGUCUGACAUAAAUUUUGUUUUUAUUUUUUUCGCUGAAUUUCACUAAAAUUAUUUCCUCUCGAUUAUCACUGCUUUUACGUCCAAAAGGGCGCUUUAAUUAUAGUAUUUUAAGAAGAUUUGACAAUUUUGCAAUAAUGGCAUCAAAGGACGACAAAAAUGAUGAAAAACCAAAAACUGGAAGUGAUGAAAAGCAGGAAGAGCACUCACCGGAUCACAGUGAUAGUCUUAUGGAUAAAAUUGCUCAUUUCUUCUCGGAUAAGCUGCAUUUGACGUCACAAACUUCAGAUGAGGAAGACUCAGGAAGGCAAGUGCUGAAUCAUGUAACAAUCCAGGGAGUAAUUGAUGCAUGGAAAAGAGGCCUUUUUAAGAAUAUUGUCACAAUGGUCGGUGCUGGGAUAUCCACAAGUGCUGGAAUUCCUGAUUUUCGAUCACCAACUUCAGGAUUAUACAGCAAUUUACAGAAAUAUAAUUUGCCAUACCCAGAAGCAAUUUUCGAGAUUGACUAUUUUCGUGAAAAUCCACAGCCAUUUUUCAAGCUUGCAAAGGAGCUAUAUCCUGGAACUUUUAAGCCAACACCUAGUCAUUACUUUGUAAAAAUUUUACAGGACAAAGGACUUUUAUUAAGACAUUAUUCCCAAAAUAUUGACACAUUAGAGAGAAUUGCAGGAAUUGACGACGAGAAAUUAGUCGAAGCUCAUGGAACAUUUUACACAAAUCAUUGUAUCGAUUGCCAAAAAGAAUAUGCCAUGGAAUGGAUGAAAGAUGAAAUAUUUAAAGACAGCGUACCAACUUGUCCAGAAUGUAAUGGACUUGUUAAGCCUGACAUUGUAUUUUUUGGAGAAAAUCUUCCAGAAAGAUUCUAUGUUUUACCUCAUCGUGAUUUUAAGCAAUGUGACUUGCUCAUAAUUAUGGGUACAUCACUGACUGUUCAGCCAUUUGCAAGUCUUGUGGACUUUGUGAGUGACAAUUGUGUACGUCUAUUAAUUAAUCGUGAUAAAGUUGGCAAGACGACAAGUGGAUUUUUAAGAGGUGUCUUUUUCGGUGAAGGAUUGUGCUUUGAUCUUCCUGGAAAUCGACGUGAUGUGGCAUAUGAAGGUGAUUGUGACGAUGGAUGUUUAUUCUUAGCUGAUCAAUUAGGAUUUGGUGAUGCAUUGAGGGAAAUGGUAAAGACAGAGCAUGAAAGAAUCGAUAAAGAGUCAGGAAAGACAAAUUCAGAUCAAAAAGAAUCAAAAGAAGAAGAAAGCAGCAAAGAUUCAUUAGACGACAGGCCUGAAGAAGAACAAUCUAAGGAAAAGCUAUUAAAAGAGAGCGAUGGAAAGGACAGUGAUGUCAAAAGUUCAAUUUAAAAGUUACCACCAUAUAUAUUUUUGGGUUGCAGUGCAGUUCUAUUGAUUAUAUAUUAUACUAAUAUAUGCAUUCGAUUAAUAUUAACAUAUGAUUUUAUCGAGGGUAAAUUAACAUAAUCUUAAGUAUCUACGAAUAAUGAAGCUAAAACAUCUAAAAAGUAUUUUGAACUUCAACAGUUUAAAUUCGAAUCUUAAACUUCAACGGUUUAAUU